AUGGUGCACCGCUGCGCUCUGACGGCCAUUAUUUUCAACGGCAUGCGCCGUGCAAAGGCUCUUUGGUUUAACCACCUCUACGCCUUCUUUGUCCAAUGGUCACCAGAAAUCUACGAAACAGGCAGAAAGAAGCGCUGCAAGUCUUGCAACGUCAGGAAAGACCAGCACGACAGCCUUGCAGUGGACAAAAUCGUUACUGUUAUCAGCAAGCUGUUCAGCAACCCUGUCAAGACGUUCAAAACGGCAAAAAUCUGGAAGAUCGUUACAGUGAAGGACUCAAAGCGUAGCGUGAGUCUGUGCAACUCAGUGGAGUCUGAGCCAGAGAGUGAGUACCAGGAGACGGAGGAUGCACUCCCUGUCCUGAAACAUGAGAGCCAGCUGCUAGAUGAUUAUCACCUCCAGAAGCUUGCUGCUCACAUGCCUCCAAAGGCCCAGUGUUAUCCGUGGCAGCUGGUGUACAGCACCGCCAUCCAUGGAACAAGCCUGAGGACUCUCUACAGAAACAUGGCUGGUCUGGACAGCCCUGUGCUGCUGGUCAUCAAAGACAUGCACAAAAAGGUUUUUGGGGCUUUUUGUUCGGAUCCACUAAGAGUCAGCAAAUAUUUCUACGGCACUGGCGAGACCUUCUUGUUCAGCUUCAGCCCCGACUUCCAGCAUUACAGGUGGAGCGGGGAGAACUCCUACUUUGUGAGCGGCAAUUGGGAAUCCCUGCAGAUUGGAGGAGGAGGGGGGUGCUUUGGUCUCUGGCUGGAUGCUGCUUUGUACCACGGUGCGAGCUUCUCCUGCCCUCCCUUCCACAACGCUCCUCUUUCCACACAUGAAGAGUUUACUGUUCUGGAUGUUGAAGUCUGGACUGUGCCGAUCUGAAAGGCAACUUCAAGCAAACAUGGUUUCUCCAGUGAAGUAAAGACGCUCCAAACUGAAUGCUGUGUCCGGACAGAGCCUUAGCUCGCUGCACCAGGAUCAGAGCAUCCCACGUACUGUUCAAAGCCAGUUAGGCUGGCUCUGCAAAGGUGCUUGGUGGUCGGUGGAAAUAUGACCUUUAGAGACAAGAGGAAACAUGAACAGCUCGUUGCAAAGCUGGUAAAGAAACGGUUGGAAGCUUUGUACAGGCAGUGGCCUGCUUUGACUGUGUAAAGAAUCACAACUAAACAUGUUUUGUUAAAUAGUUUUCAAACUUUUAAGUUUUAUAUAGAUCUUUUUUUAACAGAACUUAUGUUCUUAAGUAAAAUAAUUUAUUUUGGUACUGGCACUGUAAUAGAAUUGGACCUAAAGCUCUGUAUAUGAGGAGGUGAGAAGAAAAUAUAUCAGGUGAACGUACAAUGAAACUGUAAUGACAAGACCUUGUGGCAUUUAUGAGGAAGCAAAUCUUAGUUGUUAACGGUCUUCUCUAUUUUCCUCAAUUCCUAUGUCCUUGUCUAAUAUUUUUAUUCUCAGGGAAAUGAGUAUUUUUGCAAUUUUACAACAUUUCAAAUAAAUAGAUUUGUAUUUA